UUUUUUGCGCCAAAAUUGGAAUGCUCGAUGCAUAGUGCACAUUAGAAGUUUAAUUUUGAAAAUAACUAUCGGCCAGCAAAAGAAAUUUCUUGUUAGCGGCUGUUGAAUUUAAUAAAAUUCGAACAAUUUGUGAAUUUAGUGAGAUUGAUUGCAUACAAAAAUAUAUUUAAAUGUGUACGGGAAAGUAUAUUGGCUUUUGCAAUCGAUGCCAAAGAAAUUAAACACUUUUAGCAUAUGCCAAAAGUUGAUAUGUAGGUAAUAAUUGCAUUCAAAAUAUGUUUACAAUAUAAUCAACAAUCGUUAAAGUUCAGUAUAAUCUGACCUUGACACAUCAGACGUAUAAUUCAAGUGCGUAUUUCAGAUCGCUUCGAGAUAAGACAAAAAAAAAAAAACAAACCAAAAAGAAACUGAGAGUGAACGGAACGCAAGUAUGUUUUGGCUGGAACGCAUCAGCCGCCGGACGCAAUGAGCACGAUCUGUACAAUUUUAUCAAUUAUUUUAUUUUCGGCUUCGUGGGGCGGAGUGCUGGGCGAGUACUGCGACAAUGGCACCGGCGAGUGCAGAGAGUUUACCUCAACCGAGUGUCCGGUGAUCUUCUAUAAUCAGCAUCUGAUCGGACCCAAUAAUGUCAAAUACUGCGAUGAGUUCAACGACAUUGUCUGCUGUCCUCUUCCACUGAAUGCCCAGCAAAGGCAGCAAACGAUUGCGGAUACGCGAAGACUAUUCGAAAAGGAGUGCCGGCGUUAUAAUGAUAUCAGAUCCUCGUGCCGUUCCACGCCCCUCAUUGUGGGCGGCACCAAGGCGAAGGGUCGUGAGUUUCCCUUUAUGGCGCUGCUGGGCACAAGGCAGCCUGGCGUUUCCACCAUUAGCUGGGACUGUGGCGGCACACUGAUCCAUCCAAAGUUUGUGAUGACCGCUGCCCAUUGCCUGGAGACCACAGAGACGAAGGCGCAACGUCUGGAUCCCAAUUUUAGUUCACCCAAAUAUGUUGUACGCCUGGGCGAAUUGGAUUACAAUAGCACCACGGAUGAUGCGCAGCCGCAGGACUUUCAGUUGGUUAACUAUGUGGUGCAUCCGGCUUACGCAGAGGAUGACAACGGUGCCCGCAUCAAUGACAUUGCUCUGCUCGAGCUGGACAGGAAUGCCACCCUGAAUGAGCAUGUGGCACCCGCCUGCCUGCCGCCCGCCAGCGGCGAUGAGCACUUCGAUCUGAAUGCAGCUGGCUGGGGCCACACCCAGAACUCUGGCCAAAAGUCAACGCAUCUACUGACCGUGGGUCUGCAGCGCUACAGCGAUAGAGUGUGCAGCGAGCGACUCGAGAGCCGCAUUAUAUCCCGCACUCAGUUCUGUGCCGGCUCCGGAUCAGCCAACAGCAAUGCGGACACUUGCAAUGGCGACUCCGGCGGACCCAUUUUCGUGCAGCAUCCGAGCUACCAUUGCCUCAAGCAGGUGAUUGGCGUCACCUCGUACGGAGUCAUCUGUGGCAAUUACAAAUUUCCCAGUGUCUAUACCAAGGUGCAUCUCUACACGGACUGGAUUGAGAACAUUGUCUGGGGCGAAUGAAAGCCGUUUAAGGCAUAUACGUUCUUAAUCUGGAUCUGUCCUUCUGCCCGUUGCGCAUACUAGUAUCUAAGCUGAAAAGAUAUAUAUAUAUAUAUAUAUAUAUAGAUGUCAUAUACUUUAUCUUACAAAGAUCUCUUAAAGAUGCAGACUUUUUAUGGUUAACUUGACGGUGGGGCAAAAUAUCUGAUAUUAUUUGAGCAACUUCUUAACAACAUCCGUCUUCUAUGUUGAAGAUAUUCUUAUUGAUAAAUAAUUAGGAAUCGAUUUUAAAAAACUUUCAAGAGUUAAUAAACAAAGAGUUGCACUUUAAGUAAAAGUCA